GACACCCGCUUUCACCAUCUAGUGUUGCUGAGACGCCGACGACUGAAGAGAUGAAGGUUAUCUUACUUCUGUCAAUUGUUUUGAGUACUGGUUUAGCAAAGAAGGCUCACAAACGGUUAGGAGGCGACAAAUACGACGCUGUUGCUCCAUAUGUCGAGCACGACAGAUAUACUGAAGGCUUGGAUCGCCGUGUAUUGGCCGCCUUGCCUGCUUUGGUUAUUAGCUCGUAUGCUAAAUUGAAAGCGGAAUGUGCUGCCGGUGUCGCUCUCAACAAGGGAAUCGGACUUUUGUGCGCAUGUAAUUUGGUAAGUACGAAAGUAAUCUCGACUUAA